AUGUUCCUCACCGACUACUGGAACUCGUUCACCGCCCGUGAGCGGCGUAACAUGGCCAUCUACAUCCUUGGCAUCAUGUUGUACAAGUUCGGCCUCGAGGCAUUCAAUGGGUCGAUUGUGACCCUUGCCACUGAUCGCUUCAAGGCAGCAAACACCUUUAGCAAGCUCGGUGCGCUCACUGGUCUCAACCAGGCCAUGCAAGUCGUUGGGUCGAUCCUCAUUGCCCCUCUGAUCAAGGCAUUCCCCACCCGCUCGGUGCUCUCGAGUGCCAUCUUGGUCUUUGGUCUGAUCACGACGCUCUUCCUUAUUAUUGACGCGGCAACGGGUGGAAAGCCCCGGAUCAAUAACGGCGGUAAGCUCAAGUACGGGAGCUGGGAUCCUAAUGCCCUCUUCCCGCUCUACAUGAUUUCGGGUAUCGCCUAUGGUAUGGUGGAACUCAUCCGCCGUAUCAUUCCCCGAGACAUUGUCGGUGGUGAUGUUCAGAAGCUCAAGAAGAUGGACGCCACUGUCCAUAUUCUCUAUGAGAUUGCAGGCACAUGCGGAGCCUUGGUCAGCGUCAAGCUCAUCAAAGUCUUUGGCAACAACUUUUCUUUCCUCAUUACUCCUCCUCUCUUCGCGCUCGCUGGUUUGACCUGGCGUUUCAUUGACCAGCUCAACCACGGUUCAGAUGCGGCCAAGGUCAUUGACGCCCUCGAUGAGGGACACACUGUCGGUCAAGGCAGCUACAUCAGCUCUGUCUUCACUGGUGCCAAGACGUUUGCACGCUCGACAUACAAGGGUGCUGUGAUCUGCUUCUCUCAUCGCCGCUUCAUCUGGCUCCUACCUGGCUACUCGUUUGCGCUCUAUGGACAUCGUUAUCUCGAAAACGCCAUCUCACCCGCCAUUGCCAAGCGUAUCAUGCUCGACUCGUCCUAUUCGCAAAUCAUGGUCUGCGGUUCCAACCUCGGAGAGCUUUUCGGUGCCGCAUUUGUACUUGUUACGACGACGUAUAUCCAGACGCCACUUCCCUUCCUUCGCUUCGACGCCCUGGCUUUGCUCAUUGUCUGGGCACUCCCUGCCUACUCGCACCAGAUUCAGCCGCACCAGGCGUUCUAUGCUUGGCGCAUCGCUGCCAUGUUCAUUCCCGUCUCGAUGGGUUGGGCGGCCGGUGAUGUCUCGCUCGCUGCCUUUAUCCAGGCCAGCUUGGCCCGCAUGGAGAGCACGGAUACCCAGGUCAGCGCCCUCGGUAGCGUCAUGGCGUUCCUUUACUCGAGUUACAUCAUCACCUAUGCCAUCCUCGGUAGCUUGUUGGGCACGUACAUCGACAAGGUCUUUGCAAAGGACGGAAACAUUUACCGUGCCUUGGUCAACAUUGGCGGUGUUCACUUUACUGUCUUGUCUGCCAUUAUCAUCGCCUCGACAAUGGUCCCCAAGGGCGCAUUCUCCUUUAACCCGAAGAUGAUCAACGACGCCAAUCUCGACGGCCCAACGGACCUCGAACAACAGCGUGAGGACGUGCCAGAGGCCGACUCGCUCCCACACGAGAAGCAGCAAGAGAAGGACAGCGGCAGCACCUCGAGUGUCGAGCGCAAGCCGCAAUAG